CGGAUGAUAAGUUGGGAGGAUAUAAAUUGAAUUAUAAUUCCAAUAUGACAGAUAGAGAGUGAGCUCUGUCCUCGGUACUUGCAGAGAUCCUAUAUUAUUUUUACAUUUAGCGUAAUCAUAUUUCAUCGCAGUUGACGUGGUUCGAACCAGAACCUAAACCUUGUGGCCCUUCCGUCUUUAGCAAGACUGCAGAGAAUGCGAAAAAAAAUUGGAUUCUCCAUGGACAACCUAGCAGUAUUACGGAGUAUUACUAAUUUGUGGACCAUUCACCCCCACCAAAUUCAAGAAGAUCCUCAUCUUGGAGCUUUUCUUGGCCUAGCAUUGAACUCAACUAAAACAAACGCCCCACGGGGACGGCCUUAAUUAGUGUCAGUAACUUCACGUUCAGAUCAGAAGCUGUUAAGUUCAUGAAUGCCAACUAUUCGUGUCUUUUCUUCCUCCCUGGCCUGCCCGGCUGCCCGGCCCUUCUCACAUUAAACCUGCACCUUCACUAGUUGAAGGCCUACUUCUGAUUCUUUCGUUAUCCUUAUUAUUCCAAGCAAGCAGAUUAUGGAUGAAAUAAUGGAAACACCAUCUAUGGCCAAAGAACUAGAAGCAGCAAAAAGGGUAUUAUCUUCCCUUAAAGAAGAAGGCUUCAAAUGCAUGGCUUCUCUGGACGAUAUAAGAGGUGAGUUAAAGCAUGUCUCAUAUGAGAAAGGUCUGUCAAAGAAGAAGCAACAGAAGUCUGACUUAAUCAUCCAGAAACUGAACUCCAAGCUUCUAGAAGCAAACGCCAAGCUGGAAGCCACAUCUUUAAGUCAAGAAAAAGUCAACUCCCUCUCCUCAAAUCUUUCCCUCACUCUUGAGCAGGCAGAGGAGGCAGCCGGGGCUGCCCAGAAAGAAAGCGCUGCUGCCAUGGAAGAAACCGAAAAGAUUAAGGAAGAAAUCAAGAAAACAGAUUUAGAGACAAGUCUGGCUAAGGAGAAGCUACAGAGUGCAGUGAAAGAGCUUAAGAAGGUGAAGUCAUCAGAAGGGAGUGCACUGGAGAAUCUAAGAGCACUUGUGGGAAAGACAGUGAUGGAAAGAGCUUCCAUGAAAAGCUCCAAGGUGGUAAUCUCGAGAUUUGAAUAUGAAUACUUGAUGGGUAAUGCGGCUAUGGCAGAAGAGAUUGCAGACAAGAAAGUUGCAGCAGCUGAAGCUUGGGUCAGAGCUUUGAAAGAAAGCGAGAAGGAGAUCUUGAUGAGAACCGAAAUGCUUGAGAGGGAGACCAGAGAGCUCAAGGCAGAUUAUAGGCUUCUUUUGGAGAAAAGACUCUAUGCCAAGAAAAUCAACACUUAGGGGGUGUACUUAGGGGCGUAUUGUAUUAGGAAUUGGUGUCAAAAUUUUAAAAGUCUAUGGAUUUUAAAAGUUUAAGUGUAUUCAAUGUGAACUUUUAAAUGUCUACAAAAGUCUAGGUGUAUUCAAUAUAGACUUUUAUAAGUCUAUAAAAGUCUAGGCAUAUUCAAAGUUCCGUUCAUUCUUAUGAAUUUCUAAAAUCAUGGAUUCUCAUUGACUUUUAACUCAUUUUUAGUA